AUGUCUCUAUGAUUCCUUACUUGUCUUUAUAGCACCUUUGACUCAGUAUUGUACGCAAUGCCUCCCUUACUAUUUUUCCGAUCGCAGUCGGGAGGGAGAUCUGUAAGGGGGAGCUCUAGAUGUCGGGUUAGAGUCUCUUCCCAUCGUCACUAGCGAUAUGCUGAAUUAAACACGUCUUUUGAAGUUCCUGCGAUAAAAGCGCGUACAGUCUGAGGCCAUUUCAACGAUGUUCACAAUCAGCACUAAAUACGUCAUACUUUUCGGUGCAUUUCUGACUUUCCGUACCAAAAUCUACCCCUAACUGGAGUAUCCAAUAACGGCUUGUGACCCGAGGUGCUGCUGAGUCAAACGAUGCGAGCCAUACUGGUUUUUGUGGUACUGGUGGUUGGCCCUUCUCUUGCUCAACACUCCAACAUGCCGAGCUACACACGAGAGUUGACGGGUAACGAGACGGACGAGGAGCGGCUGUUUCGAUUCCUGUUCCAGGGUUACAAGGAGCGCCGGCUUGUGACGCCCCUGCGUAACCGUUCAGAGCCAAUCACAGUCGUGUUCAGUGCGCACCUGCUUGGCCUUGCUAAAGUAAACGAAAAGGAGCAGAGCAUUAAGACGCAUCUAUGGAUCAAAGAGGAGUGGUACAACCCAUUUUUGAUGUGGAACCCCGAGGAGUUCGGCAACAUAACCGAGAUCAUAGUUCCCGCUAACAUGAUCUGGGUGCCGGAUAUCAUACUUUACAACAAGUAUGUCCCUUCGCAACGGAUCUAUCCUAAUAAUGGUGCUGAUGACAAGGACGAGGGGGUCAACUUGUUUAACACCAAAGUCAUCAUCGCGUUUAACGGCAACAACACCUGGCGCUCACCCGCCAUAUACAACACCAUGUGUGUCCUGGACGUCAAAUACUUCCCGUUCGACGAACAGACAUGUGAUCUGGUCUUUGCCUCCUGGACUCGUGAUAUCAGUAAGCUGAACCUGGUCACCACUAGUGAUACCGUGCCCAGGAGUCGCAGGGACUCCAAGCUUUUCCAGGAAAACGAGGAGUGGCGAGUGAUGUUCGCGAAGAUGAAGAGAUAUGAGGUUAUCUUUGAUUGGUCCGAGAUCCCCGUGGCUGACGUCACUAUCUCUGUACGACUUCAGCGUCGCACAUAUUAUUAUGUCAUGAACCUCAUUCUCCCUUGCACUCUUAUCGCUUGUACUAUCUUUCUCGAAUUCAUUCUCCCCGCGGAGUCCGGCGAGCGCGUGGGACUGGGUAUCACUAUUUUGCUCUCCAUGGCGGUCUUCCAAGAGUUGACUUCUGAGAAGCUUCCUUCUAGCUCUGAGCACUUUCCUUUACUGGCAAUGUACUACUCGGUGUCAAUCAUGGAGAUUGGCACCGCGCUCGCGGCCACGUGCAUCAUCUUGAAUUUCUACCACCGUAAGACCAAGAUGCCGCCCUGGUUUCGCAAAGUGGUGCUUGUCUGGCUGGCCCCCAUGGUCAAGUGUAAACCGCGCUACACAACUCGGGAAAUCCUCGACGCGCAGAACGAAGAAUCUGUCAUGAAAAUGAUCGCGAUCAACAAAAACUCCGACAUCAAACGCAACGAAGUGUUCGAAUUUGACAGGGACUCGAUCGAAUUUGAUAUGGAUCUCCUGGAAAGUAAUAAUCAGUGUCGUGCGAACCAAAAGGACCAGUUAGCACCUAAUGGCUCAGUCGCUGCGAAUGGUAGUCCAAGGCGGCGCCAGCGUGGUGGGCAGGAUGAGGAUGAUGUUUCUGUGGAUCACAAGCCUUCGGAUCCGAUCAUGGUUCACCAAAUGCAGCUGUCAGACCGACUAAACGAGGAAAUUCGUCGCAAGGAAUGGCAAGAUGCGGCUCAGGUCUUGGAUCGGGUUUUACUCGUGGUGUCUAUUGUCAUAGGGUCCACUUCAGCGGCGGCCAUUUUCCUUCAGUCUCCGAGGAUACGGGAAUUAUUGACCCCGUGACGUCACGUAUGGAACCUGUCAUGACGGAUUAACCACGUGAGACAAUAUACCUCGUGCGUCAUUAUGCGCAUGCGUCGAUUUCUAUGAUGUCACAGUGGCGACCGGAAAGCUAGUGGACGAGCUGAAUGUCGAGAGAAUUUCACUUUUAGCCUUUCUCCACUACUCGACGACAUGGAAAAUGUUUCCUUCUUUGGUAAAAUUAUUCACGGUCCCCAAGGAACAUCAGUCAACUUAUCAGCACUCUUGUCCAAGGGAGAGGCAAACUUUAUCCUUUUAUGAACAGCAAAAGAUCGGUUGGGUCAUUUAGUACUGAAGUAUCUUACAAUACAACGAGUGUCUGCCAACCUUGUGUAACUUGUCGACUCUUGGUCAGUGCGCGACUUGCUACUAGACAUCGUGUAUACUGAGAGUUGCACAAAAGAGUAGAUAAUAUCAAGAGAAAAUUAUCUUUAUCUGAAGAGGAACAAUUUUAAGUUCCUAGAAAUUUCUGUAGAAGCCCUGUCAACGUUUGAGUGGAUUUUUACAUUCGACCAGUUUAUUGGAGUUUUAUCGACUACUGGUUUGUCUCCGUCAGGUGGUUAUUUCAUAAUCAGUUAUAAAGGGCCGUUCACUAAUAAUACUUAGCAUAUUGGAAUAGGGGACUUGCGCUAAGAGAUCACGUGAUUUUCUUGGGUGGCAAACUAGCACGCGCUCAGGCUUAUAGCCCAAAAACAGCAACAAAAAGCUAUUUGGCCCUUACGAAUAAAGCCAGGAGGUAUUUCUUUUCGAAAGGGCUUAUUUUCAUUUAAAGAUUUCAUUUUUUUUAUUUUGUCUUUUUGUGUUGUGAAAUUGCAGCCAAAAAGUCGAGGUGAUGUUUUAGCGCAAAUCCACUAUUCCUGUAAAACACCCUUGAAUUAAGGGUGAAAACAGGGCGGGUCACUCAAAUCAUUCUGACAUGUUAGAUGGCAUAGCCUUACCGAUUUAAAGGAUAGUCUCAGAGUAGCCUCGUCCCCAGGCUACCCUCGGUCCAGCUGAAUUGAGAUCCAAAAUGGCGGACGCUCUUUAGUCGAGGUCAUGAAAAGGGGCCGCGUAGCUAAAGAGGCCUAGGGACGAGGCUCAGCCUACCACCCAAUUGGAUCUAUUGUCGUCGUAAAAAAAAAUUAAACUGAAAUAACGGGAAAAGACUUUGUCCACCGUACACCAGUUAUACGUUGCUCCUUUGAUAUCAUGGUGGUUUUACAGAAUUUAUUAUACAUUUUUCGGGAAGAGUUGAAUUGAUAGCACUUUGACUACACGGUCGGCUAGAACGCCGCAAUGAUAGCGACAAUGUUGUUACUGUUAGCACGGGACACUUCAUCAUUUCCAAGGAGGCGUUAAUGCCGAUUUAGACAGCACGAUUUAGUCGUAUGCGAUCUGCCUACGGUAUGUCUUAGCCCUGAAUUACACACUACGACUUUCGUAGUCGAGCAUCGUAGCGGAGUCGUAGGCUGAUUUACACUCUACGACUCGAGCUGUCGCAUAUAACUUGAUCGUGCUGUGUACAGUGACCAUAAAUCAGCCUUCAGGACUCCAAUCUAUCAGGCCUUAACUGAAUACUCGACAUGUCUAUUACGCACGUUUAAACACGUCAUACCGCCUACUGAUGUUACCCAAAUAAAACUCUCUUAAAGCAG